GUUAGUGGCGCUGCUGCUGUGAGGGGACGGAGACGGCGUUCCCCCCCCCUCCCACGGCUGAAGCUUGGAUCAACGCGCGAUGCUUACGGACGGCACAGCCGCCCCGACUCCCACCGGCGAUGAGGAAAUAGACUCGGUGACGCCCCGUGGUGCCCCGGCCGCCAUCGUUGAGGCCUCCACGGCCGGGCCUAACCCGUUGGGGUUGCGGGCCGUGCGCCUCUUCGGAGAGGCUGGGCCCUGUGGGCCGAUAGGCUCGGCAACAACUUCGGGAGAGGCCGGGGCUGCUGCCGCCGCUGCCGCCCUCGACUUUAAACUGGCGGCCGCUGUCCUGAGAAGUGGGGGCGGCGGUGGAUCUGGCAGCGACGAGGACGAAGUGUCUGAGGUUGAAUCAUUUAUUUUGGACCAAGAAGAUCUGGAUAACCCAGUGCUUAAAACAACAUCUGAGAUAUUUUUAUCAAGCGCUGCUGAAGGAGCAGACCUACGUACGGUGGAUCCAGAAACACAAGCAAGAUUAGAAGCUUUAUUGGAAGCAGCAGGGAUUGGUAAAUUGUCCACUGCCGAUGGUAAAGCCUUCGCAGAUCCCGAGGUGCUCCGAAGAUUGACUUCUUCUGUCAGCUGUGCAUUGGAUGAAGCUGCUGCUGCACUGACACGGAUGAGAGCAGAGAACAAUCACAAUGCAGGACAAGUGGACAAUCGCAGUUUGGCAGAAGCUUGUUCUGAUGGGGAUGUAAAUGCUGUUCGUAAAUUGCUUGAUGAAGGAAGAAGUGUAAAUGAACAUACAGAAGAAGGAGAGAGUUUACUUUGCUUGGCUUGUUCAGCUGGAUAUUAUGAAUUGGCACAAGUGUUGCUCGCUAUGCAUGCAAACGUUGAAGACAGAGGGAAUAAAGGAGAUAUAACUCCACUCAUGGCAGCAGCCAGUGGAGGCUAUGUGGACAUUGUAAAACUGCUCCUUGUUCAUUGUGCUGAUGUGAAUGCCCAGUCAUCUACAGGGAACACUGCACUCACUUACGCCUGUGCGGGGGGAUUUGUUGACAUUGUCAAAGUCUUGCUGAAAGCAGGAGCAAAUAUUGAAGAUCAUAAUGAAAAUGGACAUACUCCCUUAAUGGAGGCUGCCAGUGCAGGUCAUGUUGAGGUGGCAAGAGUACUUCUGGAAUAUGGUGCUGGAAUCAACACUCACUCUAAUGAAUUCAAAGAAAGUGCCCUUACACUUGCUUGCUAUAAAGGUCACUUAGAUAUGGUUCGUUUUUUGCUUGAAGCAGGAGCUGACCAAGAGCACAAAACAGAUGAGAUGCACACUGCUUUAAUGGAGGCUUGUAUGGAUGGGCAUGUAGAAGUAGCUCGUCUGUUGCUCGACAGUGGUGCUCAAGUGAACAUGCCUGCCGAUUCAUUUGAAUCUCCACUAACACUUGCUGCUUGUGGUGGUCAUGUGGAAUUAGCAGCUUUGUUGAUAGAAAGAGGAGCAAAUCUUGAGGAAGUUAAUGAUGAAGGGUAUACGCCAUUGAUGGAAGCUGCAAGGGAGGGUCAUGAGGAGAUGGUAGCUCUAUUACUGGCACAAGGUGCCAAUGUUAAUCGGGCUACAGCUAAUAACGAUCAUACAGUGGUAUCACUGGCAUGCGCUGGGGGCCAUCUUGCUGUCGUUGAGCUACUACUAGCUCAUGGUGCCGAUCCUACUCAUCGUCUUAAGGAUGGCUCAACUAUGCUCAUUGAAGCUGCCAAGGGUGGUCACACAAAUGUUGUUUCCUACUUAUUGGAUUACCCAAAUAAUGUUCUGUCAGUUCCAACUACAGACAUGACACAACUCACACCACCAUCUCAGGAUCAGUCUCAGGUUCCACGUGUACCAAUGCAUGCACUUGCCAUGGUUGUACCUCCCCAGGAACCCGACAGAGCUCCUCAAGAAAAUCCCCCUCCACUUUUGACUCUCCAAAAAGGUACAUCCAAGCAGAAGUCAACUUCCCUUCAGGUAGCAGAUCAGGAACUACUAUCACCUUUUCACCCAUACCAGCCUUUGGAAUGUAUAGUAGAAGAAACUGAAGGCAAGCUCAAUGAACUUGGACAGAGAAUUAGUGCAAUUGAAAAAGCACAACUUAAAUCAUUGGAGUUGAUUCAAGGUGAACCUUUGAAUAAAGAUAAAAUUGAAGAGCUCAAAAAGAACAGAGAAGAACAAGUACAAAAGAAAAAGAAAAUACUGAAGGAGCUGCAAAAGGUGGAAAGGCAAUUGCAGAUGAAAACACAGCAGCAAUUUACCAAAGAAUAUUUGGAGACCAAAGGUCAGACAGAGGCUCCCCUUACUCAGCAGCAGCAGUGUCCACAUACAGGUGUCCUACCAGAACUGGAAGGAAAUGAAGGCCUUCCUGGGGAUAACCUUUCAGGGUUGUCACAGGUUGACAGUGUCCUGCAUAAAGAUGAGCAACAACACUCUCCUUCAUCUCCUGAGCAAACUGAGUUUGCCCCUCUUCAGCCUCUCGCAGCACCACAGUGUAACUUUUCAAGUAACAUAGGUUGUAAUGGGACAGAUUCUUUUGAACUUCAGAAAGUAUUAGGUAAUCAGCAAACUAUAGAACAGCAGCAACCAAUUGCUGGACAUGUUCAGGGACUGUUAGUUCAAGAACCAGAUGGAUUAAUGGUUGCCUCGCCAGCACAGACGCUUACCGACACUCUUGAUGACCUGAUAGCAGCUGUCAAUAGCAGAGUGCCUACCGGUUCCAAUUCCUCACAUGUCAUGGAUUCGGCUACACCUGAGUCCUGUUCACAAACGCUCAGUAUGACUUCUCAGUCUGUGCUUCCUACAUACCCUUCUGUUGAUAUUGAUGCCCAUACGGAGAGUAAUCAUGAUACUGCACUGACGCUUGCAUGUGCUGGUGGGCAUGAAGAACUUGUCUCUGUCUUGAUAGCACGAGGUGCCAGUAUAGAACAUAGAGACAAAAAGGGGUUUACACCACUAAUUUUAGCUGCAACUGCUGGACAUGUUGGUGUUGUAGAAAUACUUCUAGAUAAAGGUGGAGACAUAGAAGCCCAGUCUGAGCGUACUAAGGACACACCACUUUCAUUAGCAUGCUCUGGUGGCCGUCAAGAAGUGGUAGAUCUUCUCCUAGCACGAGGAGCAAACAAAGAACACAGAAAUGUAUCUGAUUAUACUCCUCUAAGUCUUGCUGCAUCUGGUGGAUAUGUUAACAUUAUUAAGAUACUACUCAAUGCUGGAGCAGAAAUUAAUUCAAGGACUGGGAGUAAAUUGGGCAUUUCUCCUCUGAUGCUGGCAGCUAUGAACGGUCAUGUUCCUGCAGUAAAACUAUUGCUUGAUAUGGGUUCUGAUAUUAAUGCCCAGAUUGAAACCAAUCGGAAUACCGCACUUACUUUAGCCUGCUUCCAAGGCAGAGCAGAGGUAGUCAGUCUGCUUUUGGAUAGAAAAGCCAAUGUUGAACAUAGAGCAAAGACUGGACUCACGCCUCUCAUGGAAGCUGCAUCGGGAGGUUAUGCAGAAGUUGGAAGAGUUCUUCUUGAUAAAGGAGCAGAUGUCAAUGCUCCUCCUGUGCCUUCUUCAAGAGACACUGCUUUAACUAUUGCUGCAGAUAAAGGCCAUUACAAGUUUUGUGAACUCCUGAUUAAUCGGGGAGCACAUAUUGAUGUUCGCAAUAAGAAAGGAAACACACCACUCUGGUUGGCAGCAAAUGGUGGUCACCUUGAUGUAGUGCAGCUACUUGUGCAGGCAGGAGCUGAUGUGGAUGCUGCAGAUAAUCGGAAAAUCACACCCCUUAUGUCUGCAUUUCGCAAGGGUCAUGUGAGAGUAGUUCAAUUUUUGGUGAAAGAGGUUAACCAGUUUCCUUCGGAUAUUGAAUGCAUGAGGUACAUAGCAACUAUAGCAGACAAGGAAUUGUUGAAAAAGUGUCAUCAGUGUGUUGAAACGAUUGUGAAGGCUAAGGACCAGCAAGCAGCUGAAGCAAACAAGAAUGCAAGCAUCCUGUUGAAAGAGCUAGAUUUGGAAAAGUCAAGGGAAGAGAGUAGAAAGCAGGCUCUUGCUGCAAAAAGAGAGAAGAGAAAAGAAAAGAGAAAGAAGAAAAAAGAAGAACAGAAAAGAAAACAAGAGGAAGAUGAGGAACACAAACCAAAGGAACCGCUAGAGCUUCAAGAAGAUGAAGAGGAAGAGGAAAAUGAUGAUGAUGUUGAUUCAGAAAUUCCUUUAGAGCCUCCAAGUGCAACUACUACAACUACCAUUGGAAUAUCUGCAACUUCAGCUACUUUUACAAAUGCUUUUGGUAAGAAGAGAGCCAAUGUGAUAACAACUCCAAGCACAAAUAGAAAAAAUAAGAAGAAUAAAACGAAGGACACUCCUCAAAAUGUGCAGAUAAUUUUGCCAGAUCAGCAUAUAACUCUAGCACAGCAAAAAGCAGAUAAAAACAAGAUUAAUGGUGAGCCAAGAGGUGGUAGUGCUGGUGGGAAUAGUGAUUCUGACAACUUAGACAGCACAGAUUGCAAUAGUGAAAGCAGCAGUGGUGGUAAAAGCCAGGAACUGAACUUCACUAUGGACACACAUUCUUCAGGUGAUAAGCGAUAUGCCUCUGUACUGCUCCCUUCUCAGGAAGAUAAGACUAAUUCCUCAGUUUCCAAAGUACAAACCAGAGUUGAAGGAGAAGCUAAUUCAAGUUUAGCGACAAAUUAUAAAUCGGUAUCCUUGCCUCUGACAUCUCCAAAUAUAAAACUGAAUCUGACUAGUCCAAAAAGAGGCCAAAAGAGAGAAGAAGGAUGGAAAGAAGUAGUAAGAAGGCAAGUGGGCAGAGUUUUGAAAGAGACAUCCCCUAGCAACACUCUACAGUCUACUCCGGUUGAACAAUUUCAGUUGCAAAGGGGAGGACGCUGCUGUUCAGGAGCAAAAAGGUCAAAAAAGCUGUCUGUUCCAGCAUCGGUUGUGUCUCGAAUAAUGGGAAGAGGUGGGUGCAAUAUCACAGCAAUUCAGGAUGUUACUGGUGCUCACAUUGAUGUGGACAAACAAAAAGAUAAAAAUGGAGAAAGAAUGAUCACCAUAAGGGGUGGAACAGAAUCAACAAGAUAUGCAGUACAACUUAUUAAUGCCCUUAUUCAAGAUCCUGCUAAGGAACUGGAAGAUUUAAUUCCUAAAACUCAUAUAAGAACACCUGUUUCCAGCACUAAAUCAAUCCAUACCAAUUUUUCAUCUGGCAUCAGUACUGCUUCAGCUUCAAACAAAAACUCAUUUUCUAUUGGAGCUUCAUCUCUUGUCACGUCUCAGUCAUCAACACUAUCUACUUUCCAGUCUGCUAACAAAUUAAGCAAAAAUGUCCCAGCAAAUGUGCGCUCUUCUUUUCCAGUCUCUUUACCAUUAGCUUAUUCCCAUCCUCACUUUGCUUUAUUGGCUGCUCAAACUAUGCAACAAAUUCGACACCCUCGUUUACCUAUGGCUCAGUUUGGAGGAACAUUUUCAACCUCUCCAAAUACUUGGGGACCAUUCCCAGUGAGACCAGUUAACCCAGGCAGCACAAAUAGCUCUCCAAAACAUAAUAAUUCAAAUCGCAUAGGUAUCCAGAAUGGUAGUAUUUUACAGUCGGAACCUACAGGUUUAGCUUCUAGCAGUCCUGGCAGUGUCUCUUCAGCAGUUCCAUCCUCUCAGCCACUUUGUGUGACAAAUAAUCGGACUCCAUCAUCAGUCAGGAAGCAGCUGUUUGCUUGCAUUCCUAAAACAAGUACCAUGACGACAGCAAUCUCAACUGUGACAACAACAUGUAGCACACUGCCUUCAACUCCUCCUGCACAUGAAAAUACUGGGAAUGUUCCCACUACAUUUCUACUCUCUAAUGUUCCACAGGCACAGCAAUCUGCACUUAAAACAGAUGCUACUCCUCCUGUUUCAGUACCCAAAGAAAAGGCAUCAGCGCCAGAACAACCUGUUGGCAUUGCAUGUGUGUCAUCAUCGGUUGCUACUAGUAGCAGUAUCACAUCUUGCAGCAGCCCAGGAAUCCUAGAGUCAUGCACAUCCAGCAGUCCUGCACCUCCAGAUAAUGUCCCAAAUGAAACACUGCCAGCUAAUAUGCCUGAAUUAAGUCCUCCUAUAACUAUGCCUUUUUCUUCAAGUUCAGAAUCCACUCCAUUAACUUUAUCAUCGCCUAGAUCGAUUGCUUCGGAAAAUCAGGACAAUGGUAACUUACCUCAAUUAGCUGUACCAGCACCAAGAGUUUCUCACAGAAUGCAGCCUAGAGGUUCUUUUUAUUCAAUGGUACCAAAUGCAAAUCUCCAUCAAGAAACCCAGUCUGUUUUUGUUACAAAUGCCGUACCUUUAACACCAUCUCAAGGUCCAUCUACUACAGUUCACUUAUCAUCACCCAUGAACAUUAUGAAUGGUUCUCAGAUGCAUAUUAAUCCAUCAAACAAGCCUUUGCCUCCUACCUUUGGGCCAGCAACACUCUUUAAUCAUUUUAGUAGUCUUUUUGAUAGUAACCAGAUGCCAGCUAACCAAGGAUGGGGAGAUUGCCCAAUGUCCACACGAGCAGCAGCAGAUCAAUCUUUCACUGUCCAGUCUACUUUCUUAAGUAACUCUGUAAUGGGGCACAUGGAAAGUGUACAUCCUGAUAACUCUAAGGCUCCAGGGUUCCGACCUCCUCAGAGAGUUUCAACAAGUCCUGUAGAUCCAUCCAGCAAUUCCUCAAACUCUUCUUCAACACCUAUGGCAGGCUUUUCUGCAAACAUUCAAGGAGCACGGGUUUAUCUUCAAGGACCUGUUGGGACUCCCAGUUUUAACAGGCAACAUUUUUCUCCCCAUCCUUGGACAAGUGCUACAAAUUCAUGUAGGAGCUUAGAUGGUGAAUCACCUAUUCCAUCAGUUUCCUCGGGAUCAUCUUCUCCUCUUUCAGCUGUAUCUGCACCUUCUAAUCUGGGACAGCCAAAAUCAGGGAGCACAAGUCAAGAUCGAAAGGUGCCACCACCUAUUGGAACAGAACGACUUGCUAGAAUUAGGCAAGGAGGUUCUGUAACCCCUACGCCCCUGGGAAACAACUUCGCAGCUCCUGUAGGACACAGUGGCAUCUGGUCAUUUGGUGUUAACAAUGUUUCAGAAGGCCUAUCCAGUUGGUCCCAGCCUGCAAUGGGAAAUCACGCAGUGCAUCAGCAACUCUCUGAUCCAGGCUCUUUUUCCCAACAUCAACCAAUGGAGAGAGAUGAUUCUGGAAUAGUGGCUCCCACAAAUAUUUUCCAGCAGCCUCUGCCAAACAGCUUUGUGGAUUUUAAAGGCGUACCAAUUUCCAUGUAUGGAGGCACUAUAAUACCCUCUCAUCCUCAGCUUGCUGAUGGACCAGGUGGUCAUCUUUUCAAUGGACUCCAUACUCCAGAUCCAGCAUGGAAUCCCAUGAUAAAGGUUGUUCAAAAUUCAGCAGAAUGUACUGAUGCUCAGCAGAUUUGGCCUGGUACCUGGGCACCUCACAUUGGAAACAUGCACCUCAAAUAUGUCAACUAAUCUAGGAGGGCCUAUAUUUCCUUUUCUUUUACUUUUUUUUAAAUUUUGUUUGGAGAAGUCUGACCUUGGAAGAACUUGGGAUUUUUUUUAAUGUGCCUAACUAAACUAUUUUUUCCACUGUGGGCUGUUACAAUGGAAACUUGUUAGCCCAUUGUUAUAAGAACAAAAUGAGUUACCUAUUCAGCUGAUUCUGUUCUCCAGUUAGUUUAGCCAUUUUGAACUCAAAUCGGAUAAAGCUAGUGCUUUUGGCUAAACACUACUGAAUGCUACUUGUAUGCAACAGAGAACUAGGUGAUUACAUGAUUUCAACCUUUUAGGGUGGUAAAUACAUGUAUAAUUGUUUACAUACUUAAAAGGAAAAUGUUGAGUAAAUUUCAUGUCGUAUAGUGGCUCUACUUUAUGUAGCCUGUAUUAAUGUGAAAUAUUUACCUGAAUAUUCAAUAAAAAGAUGAACAUUA